GCACUUACAAGUCCAAAAUUCACGCUCCCUCUCUUUAAAUUAAAUCACUCUCCCUCCACCACCCUAACUCAUCAAUUAAUCUCCAUCUCACGGGUCGGGUCGGUUUUAGGUCGGGCCUGUUGCCCCAACUCAUCGUCAUCAUGCCUUCUUCUUCUUCUUCCCAUUCGCAGCAGCCCCAUUUUGUACUGAUUCCACUCCUGGCUCAGGGCCACAUGAUCCCCAUGAUCGACAUGGCCAAACUCCUCGCUCACCACGGCGUUAUUGCCAGCUUAGUCACCACCCCGCACAACGUCUCCCGCUUCCACACUUACAUCCGCCGCGCCGUCGCCGCCGGCCUCCACAUCCGCCUCAUCGAAAUCCCUUUCCCCUCCCAGGAAGUCGGCCUCCCACCAGGCUGCGAGAAUCUCGACAGCGUCCCUUCCAGGGACCUCAUCAGAAAAUUCUACACUGCACUCGAUAUGCUCCAGAGCCCCCUCGAGCAACAUCUCACCCACACCUCCCCCCCACCCACCUGCAUCAUUUCCGACAAGUGCCUCUCCUGGACCUCCGCCAUGGCCGCCAAGUUUCGAGUUCCCAGGCUCGUCUUCCACGGGAUGUGCUGCUUCUCGCUCCUCACCUCCCACAAUGUCAAGCUCCACAGGCCUCAUCUCACCGUUGAAUCCGAUUCCGAGCCCUUCCUCAUCCCUGGACUGCCUGUCCACGUCAAGAUCAAGAGAUCCCAGCUCCCGGGCUCCUUUGUAGCCUUGCCGGACCUCGACGACAUCCGCGACCAAAUGCAAGAGGCUGAAUCCAACGCAUACGGCGUCGUUGUCAACACUUUCACGGAACUCGAAGGCGGAUGCGCCGAGGAGUAUGGCAAGGCCAUCAAGAAGAAGGUCUGGUGCAUCGGCCCUGUCUCACUCUGCAACAAAGAAGCAUUGGAUAAAUUCGAGAGAGGGAACAGGGCUUCGAUCGACCAGCGAAACUGCCUGGAUUGGCUCGACGCCAUGAAACCCAAAUCUGUGGUGUACGCCUGCCUCGGAAGCCAGUGCCGCCUGAUUCCGGCGCAGCUGAUCGAACUCGGGCUCGGCCUGGAAAACUCCAAACAUCCCUUCAUUUGGGUUAUAAAGACAGGAGACAGGUUCGAUGAGCUGCAACAAUGGCUGCUGGAAGAAAGGUUCGAGGAGAGAGUGGCGGGAAGAGGCCUGGUGAUCAAGGGAUGGGCCCCGCAGGUCCUGAUUCUGUCCCAUCCGGCGAUCGGAGGCUUCCUGACGCACUGCGGCUGGAAUUCGACGAUCGAAGGGGUCUGCUCCGGCGUGCCGAUGAUAACCUGGCCAAUGUUUGCAGAACAGUUCCUCAACGAGAAGCUGAUCGUGGAGAUUCUGGGGAUUGGGAUACGAGUCGGGGUGGAGCUCCCCGUCAGGUGGGGAGAAGAAGAGAGGGUCGGGGUUCUUGUGAGGAAAGACCAAGUUGUAAGCGCCGUCGAUGCGCUGAUGGCGAUGGACGGCGGAGAUGGAAGCGUCCGGCGAACCAGGGCGGAGGAGCUGAAGACGAUGGCCGUGAGUAAAAUGGAAAGCCACGGAUCUGCUUAUAUCAACGUAUCUGUUCUCAUUAAAGACAUCAUGGAGGUGUCAUUGUCAAUGAAAAUGUCAACGUCGUCCCCGCAGGAUUUUUCCUGAUUUUUAAUUUUUUUAAGAAAACUACAAUCAGAAGAGCAAGUACUGUAAUCACUUAAUUAUUCCAAGUAAUUAGGGCUGACAAUGAUUAAUUAAGGGCAAAAAGUGAUGACAUAAUUCCCGCCGGUGGGGCAAGUGAAGAUGCCGCUGGAAUCGUCGUAAGCGUAGCUGUAAGCCUGCGGGCACUGUUUCUUGAAAAUCAUCGAGUAAUUCGUCGGCCGGCACGUCGUCGGACUGCCAUAGCUGCCGGUGCAGCAGUACUGCGGCUGCUGAAAAACCGUGCAGGCGCUUCGGCAUCCGAUGACGGCGCCAUCGUCGCCUCUCAGCGCCAGUUCGUUGGGGCAGGCGCUGUUGACGUUGCUGGA